AUGGAAGUGAGAGAUGCUGAUGGUGUAAAUCAGAUUUCGGAGUGUCUCAAAACUGAGUCCAGCUCCAUCUCUUCCCCCAUCUUACUGUCCCUACUGCAUCUCUGCCUGGCAGCAAUACAAGUCCUGGGCACUGUCAAAUGGUUCAACGUCCGGAAUGGUUACGGAUUCAUCAACAGGAAUGACACCAAGGAGGAUGUCUUUGUUCACCAGACAGCUAUUAAAAGAAACAACCCCAGGAAGUUCCUGCGCAGCGUUGGAGAUGGGGAGACUGUGGAGUUUGAUGUCGUGGAAGGAGAGAAGGGCGCAGAAGCUGCUAAUGUAACUGGGCCUGGGGGGGUGCCAGUGAAGGGUAGCCGCUAUGCCCCCAAUCGACGUAGGUUCCGCCGAUUUAUUCCCCGGCCUCGCCCAGCUGCCCCACCACCCAUGGUGGCAGAGGCUCCAUCAGGUGGGACAGAACCAGGCAUCGAAGGGGAACGAGUUGAAGACCCUGGGCAGAGGCCCAGACGACGGCGCCCACCACCCUUCUUCUACCGACGUCGCUUUGUGCGAGGCCCAAGGCCCCCCAACCAGCAGCAGCCUAUAGAGGGCACUGAUGGGGUAGAACCUAAAGAGACAGCCCCAUUGGAGGGGGACCAACAGCAGGGAGAUGAGCGGGUCCCCCCACCCAGAUUCCGGCCCAGAUACCGAAGGCCUUUCCGCCCCAGGCCACCCCAGCAGCCUACCACAGAAGGUGGGGAUGGCAAGACCAAGCCCAGCCAAGGUCCCACUGAUGGUUCCCGGCCUGAGCCCCAGCGCCCACGAAACCGCCCCUACUUCCAGCGGCGACGGCAGCAGCCCCCUGGACCCAGGCAACCCACAGCCCAGGAGACCUCAGCCCCCAUCAACAGUGGGGACCCCACCACCACCAUACUGGAGUGAUUCCAACUCGAGGACACCCAGAACUACCAUCUGGUAUCUGCCAGGUUUUCCAACUGACCUGCACCCUACCCAGCACCCCUCCCCCCUUUCCCAUAUUCAUGACAUCAAAACACUGGCUUUUCCCCCUUUUCCAUGAGACUCAGGAGGGCCAAAGCAACAGCCUUUUGCUUUUUUUUUCUCUCUCCCCUACCAAGGGUUGAAGGAAGGGAUCCAUCCUUUUUGUUCGAGGCAUCAACUCCCACCCUAAAUCAGGCUGAGAAGGAACCAGCCAGCUCUUACCUCCUCCUGGUUGUUUUUCUUUCCCACCCCAGUUUAUUUUUUGUUUCCCCUCUACCCUCUACCUCUGAAGCCAUUUUAUGAACUGUCAUGUGCCACCUGAGCCUCCAGUAAAAACAAAAACAGGCUUUCUUGUC